CCAAUGAGACGCCGGAUGCUGCGAGCGCUUCGCUCUGAGCUGCGACGCCAUUGGCUGUCGAGCGAGGAGACGGGCUUAUUCGGUUAUUAAUGACUGCUGAGCAGACACCAGCAUGUCAAUGUGACAGCUGAUCGGGUGGGGAGAUGCGCCUUUAGCAACCGCAAAGGAAAGAGCAAAGGGGAAUUACGGAGGCUUUAGAACAACGGCUUUCCACUGGCGGACUAUCUGCUUGUUUGUUUCAGAGACUCGGGAGCGCCGAGGAGUCGCGUUCCUGUCUGUCUCCGAACUGCGUAAAAACGAGGAUCGGGCGCGUUUGAGUUCACGUAUUGCGCGCUCACUCUCUUUCUCUCUGGCAGGGCUGGUGCGCCGGCAGGGCAUUAACGGAAUAGGCUACAUUUCGCUCCAUUGGCUGAUGAGACGAAUGCGGGUGGAACUGGAUCAUGACUGACAAUGACAGCUCACGUCGAGAGGAGCAGAUGUUUCUCCACCGAAAAAGUGAAAGAGAGGAUUAAACAUCGCAAUCCAUUAUAGCUGUGGAACUGUUCGCUCCUGCAGGCAUAUUUUGUAUUCUACCUUCUGACCUUCUUCGUAACCUGGUCUGUGUGACCUUAACCGCAAAGUGAAACCCAUUCCUCACCAAGAAAAUUAACAGCGGGUUCACCGCACGUGAGGGCAAAAAAAGAAAAAGAACAAAAAAACUCUCCAAAAAAUCCCUGGGGAAUUUCACUGAUCCCGAGCAACCGUCACCCCUCACUGCAGACAAAUGAUCCAUUAUUUUUGAAGGCGAACCACUUAAUCUACAAGGACCAAUUACUUGAGUGCUGGGCAGCGGGCCAAUAUGAAGGAAGUGUCGCUUGUGGAUUGUUUGUUAGUGGGGCUCACUGUGGCGGCCUUUGUUCCCGCCUCUGUGGCGAGAGUUGACUGCCCCAAGUCCUGCGUGUGUGAAACUCGCCCCUGGUUCUCCCCUAGUUCUGUGUACAUGGAGGCCCCAACAGUGGACUGCAAUGACUUGGGGCUUUUUGCACUCCCCGAGAAACUACCUGCAGACACGCAAGUAGUGCUGCUGCAGACGAACAACAUCGGCAAGAUCGACCAACCUUUGGAAUACUUAGCCAACGUUACUGAGAUCGACCUGUCGCAGAACAACUUGACCUCCGUGGCUGAUGUUGACCUGGGCCGUCUCUCCCAGCUGCUCUCCCUGCACCUGGAGGAGAACUGGAUACGCUUGUUGCCUGACGACGCACUCUCCCACCUUCCCAGCCUCCAGGAGCUCUACCUGAACCACAACUUGAUCUCCUCCAUCUCGCCGGCAGCCUUCAGGGGGCUCCGGGGACUGCUGCGGCUCCACCUCAACUCCAACCAGCUCCAGACCAUUAGCUACGAGUGGUUCGAGUACACCCCGAGCCUGGAGAUCUUGAUGAUUGGCGAGAACCCAGUCAUCACCAUCCCUGAUUUGACCUUUAGGUCAUUGAGGAACCUUCGUAGCCUGGUUCUAACCAGGAUGAACCUCUCACAGUUGCUUGAUGAUGCCCUAUCUGGCCUGGAUAACCUCGAGAGCAUCUCCUUCUAUGAUAACACCUUCCCCGAAGUACCGCACGGGGCCCUGAGGCACCUCAAGAACCUCAAGUUCCUAGACCUGAACAAGAACCCAAUUGGCAGGAUCCAGAGGGGCGAUUUUCUGGACAUGCCUCACCUGAAAGAGCUGGGCAUCAACAGCAUGCCAGAGCUGGUGUCCAUCGACAGCUUCGCCCUGGACAACCUCCCUGAGCUCACCAAGAUCGAGGCCACCAACAACCCCAAGCUGUCUUACAUCCACCCCACCGCCUUCCACAAACUUCCCCGCCUGGAGACGCUGAUGCUGAACGGUAACGCCCUGAGCGCCCUACACCGGGUAACUGUGGAGUCUCUGCCGAACCUGCGCGAGGUGAGCAUGCACUCAAACCCGAUCCGCUGUGACUGCGUGGUGCGCUGGAUGAGCAUGAACCGGACCCGUGUGCGCUUCAUGGAGCCCGACUCGCUGUUCUGCGUGGAGCCGCCUGAGUAUGAGGGCCAGCGCGUGCGGCAGGUGCAUUUCCGCGAGAUGAUGGAGAUCUGCUUGCCACUCAUCUCUCCCGAGAGCCUACCCGCACACCUGAGCGUCGCAAACGGCAGCGCCGUCUCCCUCCACUGCCGCGCAUUUGCAGAGCCUGAGCCAGAGAUCUACUGGAUCACACCAACGGGCACGCGUGUCCUGCCCAACACCGUGUCUGAGAAGUACUACAUGCACCCCGAGGGGACCUUUGACAUCUACGACAUCACGGAGAACGAGGCGGGGCUGUAUACCUGCGUGGCUCACAACCUCAUCGGUGCCGAUCUAAAGUCCGUCUCUGUGGAAGUGAAUGGAUAUUUCCCGCAAACAGCAAACAACUCCCUCAAUGUGAACAUCAGCUCCGUGGAAGCCAAUUCUGUGCUGGUGUCCUGGAAGGCGGCCCAUGGCAGCUUGGCACCGAACAUUAAGUGGUUCACCGUGUCCGGCUCGAAAAACCCCACGGUGGCCUUCACGGCGCGCGUCCCGUCUGACGUCAAGGUGUACAACCUCACGCACCUCUCCCCGGCCACCAAGUACAAAGUGUGCGUGGAUGUCCCCAACGUCCGGCACAAACAGAGCUCCAAGUGUGUCAAUGUCACCACGAAGGGGGUAGAGGUGGCAGCGAUGACCCGCGAGCGGUGGGACGCUGCGGUGAUUGCCGUGUUCGGCGUGCUGCUCACCGCCGUCUCGGUCGCCUGUCUGCUCAUAUACGUGUCCUUGCGGAACCAGCAGCUCUGCGGGGACCUGCGGAAAUGCCAGUCCGUUACACCCCUCGCACCCCAGGCGACACUGCACUCCCCUUUCACCCGGCUCUGGGUCGCUGGCAAAGGCAUGCCUGCCGCAGAGGAGGUGAGGGCCACGGUCGUAAACGUGUCGGACAACGCUUUCUAAAAUAAAAGAGAGGCGACGCGUUACCCACAUCAAUUACAAAAACUCUCACAGCCACAGCCAAAAGGACAGACCGUUGAAGGACGAGCUGGUACUACUCUCUGAAAUAACAACAUUUUGUCUCUGCAAACUUGACAUGCUGGGAAACAAGUUUCAAAUAUACUUUUAUUGUGGGUUUUUCGGUGGCAAAACUAAAAAGGAACAGAAACAGUGGAUCAAACCUCUGUUAUAGUGACCUUUCUGAGUCAGUGGGUCUAAGGAUCGUGGCGUCGACCUUUCAGAGUAGGGAGUCACAUCUCGGACUGUCCGAAGGGUGGAUCUGAGAAGCCAGUGUUGUCUCUUGUGACUGUUAAAUGUGUUAAAGAGUAGUGGAACAGUCCUUGUGAUCCCGAGCAAUACCGUCUGUGCUGUGCAAUCAUAGACGAGUUAGACGCCACCCGUUUCAUAAAGGAAAGAACCCCCUCCCUCGUAGAAUAGACGGCAACAACAACGACGGUGUAAGAGUUUUGAUGAGAUAUAUCUUCUUUUCUAUUUAAAGAGAGAAAUUUUGUCUUUUCAUUGCUAUAAGAAUUGUUAUAUAUUCUGUCCAGAAAAAAAAAAUGUAACAGAAACAUUUACUGUGCUAUAGCCAGUCAGUAAGCUGGUGUGAGUUAUUAAGCAGAGUAUUCUCGUACUGACAACACACACACUCAAAGUCACACACAUACGUACAUGCACACAUGCUUAAUAAAGUGCAAAAAUGUGUAUCCUUGGGAGAUUUUUAACGUUGAUAGUUUAAAUAAGUGGUGUCCAAAUGUUAAUUUUGAACCUAGUCAGUCGCUACAAUUCUCCCAAAAACUUUUGAGAGGUUGCCAUUGCCAGUGUAAGUGCCUACACUUCGGAUUUCAACCAGAAGAAAAGAGGGAAGAGAACAACAGACCACUUAACAAACCUGUGAAUGUCACCCACACAGACACACACACACACACACACACACACACACACAAUUAUAUAGACACAAAAUUUACAGAUUUCUCGGAGAAGCUGCGAAAGUGAAAUGAGACGUGCCAUGUCUGCAGCUUCACGAGCCAACAUCAAAUACUUUUAGUGAAACAGAAAAAAAAACACUUGCAGUAUUUUUAGCAUACACUUGGUUUAAAGGCAUUGCAUUCUUGCUUUGGGUGUAAAAUUAAAAGCCAUUUUUAUAUCAA